AUGUCAAGUUUUACAGUCCUGGCGCUACCAUUUCGUUCUGUGCGAUUGUAUGAAGUUUAUUUUAUUAGCCUCAAUACUUCUGUGUUGGUUAUAAGUCGUUUACUCCUUAUAGAUGUUUCUGCAUCGAGUGAUGAUGACGAUGAAACAGUUUAUCAUCCGAGUUCUCUACAACCUACUCCUUUAUUGACAAAAAACAGAUCAAAUCGUGCACGUCGACAAAAACAAAUGUUAAAUCGAAUACCAAAACCAACAUUACAAUCAAAAACACAUAGUAAAAAAUCACAAGGACAACGACAAGCUAAACGGCAUGAAAAUAUGUGCUUUCUAUUGAAUUUGGCUACAGAUCUGGAUGAAGAUUUUGCUGCAGUUAAUAUUAACGACUUGGUAGAAAAUACUACUUCAGCAUUUGCUGAAUUACUUUUAAAUAAAAAGAAAAUGAAGAUGUGGAAUGAAUUUAUAGAUUUACCGGAAGAUGAACAAGAACGUAUUUUAAAAUUGGCUACUGACCAUGAACAAACAAAUAUGAAAAAACAAGAAUUUAAUCGCUGUACAUCAAUAGAAUUGAAUAAUAGUGAUUGUUCAUUAUCGAUGGAUGAUGAUUCAUCUGAAACAUUUAUUAUCAUUGAGAAAAAGCACACGAUUAAUCUUGAUCAAGAAAAUAUUGUAUACUCUGCUGAUCAACGUUUCAAUCGUAUUGAUUCAAAUAUUCGUUAUGCUUUGAAAAGCAUGCUAAAACGACGCCAUUUACCUUUGGAACGUAUUAUGGAUUUUGAAGAUGAUUUAAUACCAUUUUUUAACGAACAUUCUGAUUCGGUAUAUAUUCGAGAUUUGAAUAAUAGUUUUGAUCGAAUGUUGUUACAUGCCGUUUCGCAAUACCUUAAUUUAAUAUCAAAAAGUCGAAUGGAUAAACUUUUACAGAUGAAUGCACCAGCCACAUUUGAAUCAUUCCUGUUACUUGACGGUGAAAAGAAGAUUUUAAUAGAAAAAGACACAAAAGUUCCAAAUGCAGUUGUAUUUACAAUAAGUAAAGAAGAUCAUACUCUCGCGAAUAUGUUACGAGCACAAUUAUUGAAGGAUCCUAAUGUGAUAUUUGCUGGCUAUAAAGUACCACAUCCAUUGGAACAUAAAGUCAUAUUACGUGUACAAACAUCAACAAGUUCAUAUACACCACAAGAAGCUUUGGAGAAUGCUAUUAAAGAUUUAAUAUUUGAAAUGUCAUUGUUAGAAGAUAGAUUUAAAUUAGCUAUCAAAGAUCGACCAAGUGCAGAAUAA